AUGGAGGCUAACGGAGCGACCGCAAGGGACCGUGCGAUCCAGUUCUACAAAAGCAUCGCUCACGAGCCGGCGAAACCCGGCGAGGCGACCGAAGCAUACAAAGACAUCGACGAGCUUGCCUGUCAUCUAUCAAGAAUACCAACAUUUACACCACGGCCACUGAAGAUCAUCGCGGUCGGAGCUGGGUUUAGUGGACUGGCGCUGGCCCGAGCUGUUCACGUCGGCAAAUUGAAGAAUGUGACCAUCACAAUCUAUGAGAAAAACGCUGGAGUAGGUGGCACAUGGUACGAAAACAGAUAUCCAGGCUGUGCGUGUGACAUCCCAGCUCCAAACUACACCUUUUCUUGGGCCCCAAACCCUUUCUGGCCGUCCUACUAUGCCAAAGGGGAAACUAUUCGGGAAUACAUCGAAUCAGUUGCUACACAGCAUAAUCUCUGCGGAUAUGUCAAAACCGGACAUAAGGUUAUAGGCGCCAGAUGGCUUGAAGACCGCCAGGCUUGGCGAGUAACGGUAAGCAAGACUGACGGCAGGGACCUUGUGAUUUCGAGCCCUGGCGUUUCAGACGGGGAGACUGAGACUGUGUUUGAUGAUGAGUGUGAUGUUUUCAUUAACUGUUCUGGUUUUUUCAAUAACUGGAAAUGGCCUCGCGUAGCAAAUCGGUCCAAAUUCCAGGGCAAACUAUAUCACACAGCAGCCUGGCCUCAGGAUGGAGAGAGUAACCUCGAUGGCAAGACAGUGGCUCUGAUUGGUAACGGUAGUAGCGGUGUACAGGUUCUUCCUUCUAUCAUUGACCGCGUAAAAAAGGUUUAUGUCCAUAUCAGAAGCCCAACUUGGAUCACCACCAGCUUUGCUGCACGAUUCGCUGGUCCAGGAGGCGCAAACUAUAAGUACACGGAAGAACAGAAAGCUAGUUGGGCUGCAGACCCUGCCGCAUACCUGGAAUAUCGCCGCCAAAUCGAAGGAGAGCUCAACAGCCGGUUUGGGCUGUAUAUUGAUAACAAACCGGAACAAAAGGCGGCCCGGGAGUUUGGUAUCGCGGAGAUGACAUCCAAGCUGAGAGCUGGAGGCAAGGAAGAAUUGCUCAAAGCGAUGCUCCCUGACUUUGCUGUCGGAUGUCGGCGCACGACACCUGGCAAUGGCUAUCUUGAAGCCCUAUGCCACCCGAAAUGCGAGGUCGUCUGGGGCAAGGUCGAUGCUUUCACCACGGACGGGCUGAGGACUUCUGAUGGUACCACCACCAGCGGAGUCGACGCCAUAAUCUGUGCCACGGGUUUCGACCUGUCCUGUGCCCCAAGGUUUCCGAUCAUCGGCCGCAAUGGCGUCAACCUGCGUGACGAAUGGCUAAAGAAUCCGCAUGCCUACCUUUCCGUUACUGCAACUGAUAUGCCGAAUUAUUUCACCAUCAUGGGCCCGUAUUCUCCACUUGGCCAUGGCAGUAUUGUGACUGCCAUCGAGAUGGUGACUAAAUACAUCUGCGACCUAGUUCAUAAGCUUCAGACACAGAACUACAGCUAUGUCGUCCCCAAGGCACAUAUCGCCGCCGCUUACCAAAAGCACGCACUCGCCUGGCUGCGUCGAACAGCCUGGGCAAGCCAUUGUGCCAGCACGUAUAAGAAUGGAACUGUGGAUGGCGAAUUGAACAGUCUGCACCCCGGAAGCCGACUUCAUUUCUUCGAGCUGCUGUCAACUCCCAGAUAUGAGGACUUUGAGUGGCAGAGUCUAUGCUCCGAAGACCUGACCUUUGCUUGGCUAGCCACUGGAUUUACGGCAAGAGAGCGAAACCCGACUAACGAUACUGAUUUGACGUAA